AUGGGCAGGGCAAACUCGGGAAGAUGGUUUAUGGACAACAUAAGAAGAAGGAUUGGGAAUGGGAGUCAAACAAAAUUCUGGGAACACAAAUGGGCAGGAUCGACACCUCUUAGAAUGACUUUUCCUAGACUUUUCCAGCUUGCUACUGAUAAAGAGGCAACAGUGGGUGAAUGGGGAAAAUGGGUAGACGGGGAAUGGAUUUGGGAGUUCAAAUGGCGGAGGGAGAUAAGGGCGAGUGAACAGGAGAUGGUGGAUAGGCUUACUAAUUUUAUUUCUCAGUGUGUUCCUUGUGCAGAUAGAGAAGAUUGUUGGACUUGGUUGGCCUCGUCGGACGGAAAAUUUUCCACAAAGUCGACAUAUUCAAUACUCAAAGCUUACAGUAAUGUUCUGCCAAGACCGAAUGCAGAUGCAGAUUUUCUUAACUUGAUUUGGAAGGCAAAAACUCCUCACAAAGCAACAAUGACAACGUGGAGAAUGUUGAAAAACCGACUUCCGACGUGCGAAAACUUGAGGAAAAGGAAGAUUUUGAUGACCGAUGAAGCGACCAAAUGCUGUGAAUGCGACAUGCAGGAAGAAUCGACCAACCAUUUCUUUCUUCUUUGCCCGAAGACGGAUGAGGUGUGGAAUGAAUUGCAGAAGUGGCUGGGAAUUGUAACUGCACGCCCAAAUCACUUCGGAAAACACUUCGGUAUGUUCAUUUCCUUUGGAAAAGAAAAGAAGAUUAGAAACCUUCUCUUGGCUAUUUGGGUGGGUUGCAUUUGGAUCAUGUGGAAGAAAAGAAAUGAGAGAAGAUUUGAUGGUAAACUGUGGGAUAGCAAAAACUUUGUUUUGGAGAUCAAGAUUAGACUUUGGUUUUGGAAUAUGAUUUUUGAGAUAGUUGAGGAUGCGAUGGAUUUGGAUGCGUGGUGCUCCAAUGACUUUAUUUGUAAACUGCUUUAA